AUGGCGGCUGCGAAUGACUACUGGAAGAUUAAAAUCAGUGAAGAAGUCUCUCAGAAGCUUCUCGAUAUGAGUAUUAGCCAACAAACAGAUUCAGAAAGAUGCGACAGUGUAGAGCUUGAUAACGGAAUAAGGACGCUAAUAGGAAAGAGCUGUGCCACAGAGAAGUUGGAGUUCAGUUCAUGCACUUUGAAAGCUUUUGGUAAAAGCGAGAUCCAAGUUAAUUCUGCACAGAUGCAAGCAGGCAUGGAUGAAACCAAAACAUCAGUUGGUGUGCCAGAGCAUUUAUUGACAAAAAAGAAUGUAUCUGCAUAUAUGCUGGAGAUGCAGAUUAUAUCCCUGGAAAAGCAGAGGAAAGAGCUUUUGACAGUGAACAAUCGAUGGGAUCAACAGUUUAGGCAGAUGAAGCAGUGCUAUGAAAAAAAGGUCACAGAACUGAAAACAAUACUGGAAACAAUGCAGAAUAGGGUCAGGGAGCUGGAAAAAGAAAGGCACAAAAUGCAGAAAGAAUGUCAAAGGCUGGAAGCCCUGGCAAGGGAUCAACAUUUACAGGAAAUGAGAGAUAAAAAUACCCUAAAGGAAGAGAAUAGGCUUCUGAAAAAAGAAACUGCCUUGGCAAACACAAAGAAAAUGCAUUAUGAAGGUGAAAUUAAUCGUCUCAACAAGGCCCUUCUGGAUGCCUUGAACAACCAUAAAGUAUCUUCGCAUGCCCCUAAUGUGUAUGAAUUAAACAGGAAUUGUACACAGGAUGAGAUGAGGAUGCAAAUAGAAGUUCUCAGACAACAGGUUCAGAUAUAUGAAGAAGAUUUUAAAAAGGAAAGAUCUGAUAGAGAAAAACUUAAUGAAGAGAAAGAAGCACUUCAGAGAGUUAACAAAAGAGCACAGUCUCAGUUGAAGAAACUAAAUUCUCAGCUUAAAGACUUCCAGGAAGAAAAAGAAUUCCUUGAGAAGCAAGUAAAGCAACAGGCCAGGGAAGUCCAAGCACUGCCAGAGCAACAAGGUUUUCCACAUCAGAUGUUUGGCCCUCCUUGUCUUAGCUGCAGGAACUGUGGGCUAUUUCACCCUUACUCUGAAUCCUGGAUAACGUUGGUCCCAUGUGGCAUUAAUAGAACAGCACAAUCCCCAGCAAUACUUCCUGUCAUUACUUCUACUUCACAAAGCUGAAACACUCAAAAAUCAACAUUUCACAACCAGGAAUGCCAUAUUCUGCAA